GAGAUGCUGAUGCCGUCGUCAGAAUUAUCAAUCAAAGCGGCGUAGUCCGUGUCGGUCGGUCGGCCGGCUAGCCCGAGUCGUUUGGAACCAGAACUCUAAUCACCAUCCGUGUGGUGAUGAUGGUCGUACGUAGCUAAUAAUUCUUCGAUCGGUGGUGGCGAACUUGUAAUCAGUAUUGCGCGAAUUUGCAUCCCGGUUGGAUCAUCCUUCCGCCGUCAGAACGUGAAUUUCGGGGCAAAAAAAAAGCCGGUGAAGAUCCCCAAGCUCUUCUACUAAUCCAGCAUGGUGACGAUAAAAAACGACAUCGAGAGCAGCAGUGGACAGUUCAUUCCAACGUCAGCCCACCCAGUCAAGGAUGUGAAUCUCAAACGGCAAGAAGGCGAGCAGCCGCGUCGACGGUCGUACCGUUGCGUAACGAUAGUCUCGGUGGCCGUCCUGGUGCUCAUGGGCCUCGGAGUUGGAAGUGUCCUGCACUUCGGAAAAGCCUUGAACCGAGGCCCGAGGCCUACUACCACAACCACUACCACUACUACUACUACUUCCACUACCACAGCCCAACCGGUAGAACCAUCUACGUCGCCUCCGACUUUCACCGAUCCGUACGAUGACGACGGACCGGAGACAGCCGUCGAUCCGACAGAUGAUGAUGAGUUCGACAUUGAUGGACCGGAGGUGUCGGUGGUGGUUUCUGCCACAAGCGACGACCACGGUACCAAAGUGACGACGUCGUGGGGCAGGCUGUUCAGCAGCGACGAAGGAAGCGGUUCGGACGACUAUUAUGACGAAGACGCUAGUGGCGAUUAUGGGAUGGUGCUCUGAGUGAUGUAUGAAGUGAGCAAUGAGAAAGUCACGUGUAGUUGAAGGCUAUGCUGAAAUCUCUGAGUGAUAAUGGUUUAUUGCUGAGAGGAGCGGUGUUUUACUGUGAGAUGAUAGCGUAUACAGUUAGGAUUAGUGAUGUAUUUAUUUUAUACGCCAUAGAUCUUCUAAAAGGAAGAUAAGUGAUUUGAAGAACUUUUGAUAACAAGAUAUUUUGUUCUAUAAAUAAAGUGUUUUGUAGUAGAACUUUCCAUCCGUUGA